AUGCCGCCCAAGAAGCCUGCCGGCAACGUUGUCCAGGCUGAGGUUGCCCUGCAACAGUCGCUCAAGAAUUGCCUUGUCAACCUCCCGUCCUCGCUCGUCUCCGUACUCGUGAAUGCGAACACGGUCGCCCAGAAUGUUGUCGUCGAGCUCACAUACCGCCAACCUCCACCACCGGGUGCCUCGGACAAUAGGAAUACCGCGCCCAAGUCGGUUUUCGUGGGAUGGACGGGCAUGCAGAGCAAGCGCAGGAUUGCGCCUGUAGUCGGGCGAGACGGCCUGAGAGGCAGUCCAGCAGUCAGCCAACAAGACCUGCCAGCUGUGGAGGUGGAUGCCACCUUCGCCAGACUGAUCGGCCUGCAAGAGGGGCAGAAGGUAGGAAUAAUACUACACGUGGAUCCUCCACAGGCGCAUACCAUCAACAUCGAGCCCUUGACCCCCGUGGACUGGGAGAUGAUCGAGCUGCAUGCCCAAUUCUUGGAAUUGAACUUCCUCUCUCAGAUACGCGCACUCCCGAACCCCCAGGCUGGAGCGCCCCAUCCUCUUACGCUGCAUCUAUCCCCUACAACGACCGCAAACAUAACCGUCACUUCCAUCGCUCCUGCACCGGCCAACACAUCCCUCUUCGUCAAGAUCUCGCCUGACGCCGAGGUCAUUGUCGCGCCUAAGACAAGACAAAAGGAGAGGAGCUCAACCCGGGAAAGCAGGAGCGUGGGCGCUGCCUCGAGAAAGAGCGGAAAGAGCACUGCGAGUACAGUCCGCCGGCGCAGUGGCCGCGAGGACGCUGCAAGCAAGGGGGUCAUCUUCUUGCGCGGACUCGAUCGCAGUGUGGCACAAGAGUGGUUCGAUGAAGAAGAAGACAUAGACGCUGGAGGGCUGAGAGUGUGGGUGGACAAGGAUGUACUACUCACCAAGGCUCUCAGAGGCGCCAACUGGGUCUCUGUGUCAAUCAUCAAGCCCGCAGGACUACAAGAGCCAGUCGACAUGUCCAAGGAGCAGGAGCAGGAGAAGCCUGCGACACGCGUCGUUGCUAAGAUCAUGGCAUGGGAAGACGCGCCAGACAGUCGGCAUGUAGCCCUUUCAACUGACCUCUGCAAGGUCCUGGGUUUCGAGAACUUUGUCGGCGGUCUCGUCCGACUCGAAGGCGCUCCAGCUCAAACUCCCAAACCGCCAGCGAUCAAGCCAACGAAGGAGUCUAGAGAACCCAUUGUCAAGUCCAUCAAGGUCAUCCCCUUCUCCACUGUUGCAUCACAAGUCAAUGCCUCGUUAAAGUUUGGUGGCGAGUCUAAGCAAGAUCAAGAGAAAGCGAUAGAAAAGAUCAAAACAAUAUACGGGAAGAAGAAUGGACUCCUUGACGGGCCAGUCACGGAUGGGAUGAUACUGCCUGCGCCUAAGGACUCCGAGCUCAGCUGGCAAGGAGGCAUUGUAAGGUUUGAACCACUAGCACCGACAACUGGAGUCUCAUGGGUGCUUUUCCCUGAAAGGAAACCACCGCUUGAGAUUGGUCAGGAAGUGUCAAUGCCAACAAGCUGGGCUAAAGGCUGGCAGCAAGGUGAUCCGCUUCCACAGACGCCCGCAAAUCUGGUUGGCAUAGAUCCUCUUAUCCAGCAACUUCGAUCACAUCUAACGCACAAUUCUUCCGUUCUACUCACUGGUGGUUUGGGAGCAGGAAAGUCGGAAUGUGCGCAGCUACUUGCCCACCAACUUCGGACUGAAUAUCUUUUCAACACCAUAUAUUUCCCCUGUCGCAAACUUGUAACGGAUGAGACACGAGUUGCAACUAUCAAAGAGACUUUGAACAGACUGUUUGCUUCAGCAUCAUGGGGCGCAAGAGGGGGUGGAAAUGCUGUGGUCAUUCUGGAUGACCUGGACAAGCUAUGUCCUGUAGAGACUGAGCUUCAAGUUGGCAACGACAACGGACGAAGUCGACAUGUCAGCGAGUGUCUGAUCAAUAUCGUCAGACAGUACUGUUCCAUGGACUCUGGUGUAGUGCUGCUAGCAACUGCGCAAGGUAAAGAGUCCCUGAACAAUGUCAUCGUUGGUGGACAUAUCGUCCGCGAGAUUGUCAGUCUCAAAGCGCCCAAUAAAGACGGUAGAAGGAAGGUCCUUGAGAUGCUCGCCUUCAAGGAUGCUAAAGUGGAGCAAUCCCAGGAACCAAAUGGCCAUGCUUUUCCACCAUCACCAUCAGAGAGCCGACCCAGUACCGCUCACCGCAGUCAACCUAGCAUUGACAGCAUACCACAGCAACCCUCUGACGAUUACGCUUUCACCAUCGAUCCCACGAUCGACUUUCUCGAUCUCGCCGGCCAGACAGACGGAUACAUGCCCGGCGAUCUUGUGUUACUCACAUCGCGCGCCCGCAACGAAGCGUUGAUUCGUUCAGUCACAUCUACGUCCCCUACUGUGUCCCUCACACGAGAGGAUUACAGUCAAGCUAUUACCGGCUUCACCCCCGCCUCCUUGCGAAACGUCACAUUACAAUCUUCGACCACAAAAUGGGAUUCCAUCGGUGGUCUGCACACAACGAGACAGGUUCUCAUGGAAACCCUUCAAUAUCCUACAACCUACGCGCCCAUUUUCGCAAAAUGCCCACUACGUCUUCGAUCAGGUUUACUCCUAUAUGGCUACCCCGGAUGUGGCAAGACUCUCCUCGCAUCUGCAGUAGCAGGUGAGUGCGGUCUAAACUUCAUCUCGGUCAAAGGGCCAGAAAUUCUCAACAAGUACAUUGGUGCUUCCGAGAAGUCUGUACGCGAUCUCUUCGAACGUGCGGAAGCAGCGCGACCCUGUGUUCUCUUCUUUGAUGAGUUCGACAGUAUCGCACCGAAGCGUGGACACGACUCAACAGGUGUAACGGACCGUGUUGUGAACCAGCUUCUCACCCAAAUGGACGGAGCGGAAGGACUUUCGGGUGUCUACGUCUUGGCUGCUACGUCGCGGCCUGACUUGAUUGAUCCCGCGCUCCUUCGCCCGGGUCGUCUCGACAAAUCCCUCUUGUGCGACAUGCCGGACGUAGAAGAACGGAUCGACAUCCUGCGUGCAGUAACACGUAAACUGCACCUCGCGCCCAGUCUCCUAGGCGACGGCCACGAAGGCGAGAAUCUGCGCGAAAUAGCAAUGAGAACAGAAGGCUAUUCCGGUGCCGAUCUCCAGGCGGUUGUAUACAACGCGCAACUGGAAGCGAUUCACGAUGUACUCGGCGACGUAGAUCCCUCGAAAAUCGACCACAACAAGAAAGACGGAAGCAGCGGUACGGCAAAUGGCAAGGGUAUUCCUGACUUUUCUUACUUCCGCUAUGGCGACGAUCCUACAUCUUCCAACUCCAACUCCGCCUUGGCUACAUCUGCUCAGCUCACCGAACGUGCUAUGAUUGCUCAGAAGAUAUCUGCGCUGCAGGCUCUGCGCAAGAAACAGAAACAACUUCAGCGUUCCGAUGGUUCAUCACAGAAGGAAGAUGAAGAUAGAGCGAGUAAAGAAGAAGAGGAGGGGGAUGAGAGAAAGGAUCCAGAGAUCCAGUGGAAACAUAUAGAGUCUUCCCUCUCUAGUGGACGGAGCAGUAUCUCGGCGCAAGAGCGAAUGCGUCUUGAGAGGAUAUACAGGGAGUUUGUUGAUGGGAGGGACGGUGAUUUGCCGAAUGGACAGGGAGGGAAUGAGAUUGGGGGGAGGAGCAGUCUCAUGUAA